UCCGGCUGACGCGCUAUCUUUUAUCUCCCUCCCGAACCGUAUUUCCAAGGGCAUUUAAGUAGGGGGCACUCGGAAGCUCCUCUGGGCCCUUCCUUGGAGCUAGACCUGUUGGCCCUGGUUGGGUCAUGGCUACAGUCCUGGACUCUCAGGUCGACGUGGAAGUUGAGGAGUGCAUCAUCAUGAAAGUGGAAAAGGACUCGGAGUGGGCAUCAGAGCCCAUUCGGGCGAGAUCAGGAAGCACCGAAUGUGAGUCCUUUCGUAAAUGCUUCCGGCAGUUCUCCUACGAGGACGUGACGGGACCCCACGAAGCUUUCAGUAAACUCUGGGAACUCUGCUGCCGGUGGUUGAAGCCAGAAAUGCGGUCCAAGGAGCAGAUCCUCGAGCAGCUAGUAAUAGAACAGUUUCUCACCAUUCUCCCGGAGAAGAUUCAGGCUUGGGCACAGAAGCAGUGCCCAGAAAGUGGAGAGGAGGCCGUGGCCCUGGUAGCGCAUUUGGAGAAAGAGACCAGAAGACUGAGAAAGAAGGUCAGUGGACCCCUACACUCAGAGAAGCAAGCCCCACCUGGAACUGUGUGGGAAGUAGCUGACUUUGAGCCAGAGCAACUGGAGACCCAGCACAGGGUUGUUCCUCAGGAAGAAGCUGGAAGCCUCCACUCAGGAUACCAGGAACAGCUGAGCCAACAAAGAGAGUAUAGGCCUUUACCCAAAAAUGCUCACUCUUCUCUCUGGGUUCCUGUCCCUCGUGAUGAAUGGAACACUGUAGAUCAGGAGGUGACAACCCAGGAACCAGUGAAAGAUGUCCACACAAUGAGAAGCUUGUCCUACAGAAAGAGUGUACAUCAGAGUCCCACUCACAGGGAUCUCCACCACGAAAUCAGGAAGGAAAGUGCAGGGAGCAUGGUUUCCCUGGGAGGCACUGUGUCUACAUCUAACAAGAUAGCCCAGUUGGAACAGAGAAAGGAACCGUGGGCUGUAGGUCUCCAUUCCUCAAAUAAGAAAAAUAGUGUUCUGACAAGCAACUACAUCAAAGAGAAAUCAGUGCAUGCUGUUCAAGUCCCGGCAAGGAAUUCAGGGAAAGUGUGGCGAGAACAGCAACAGUGGGGUUUAGAAGAUGAAAAAAUUGCAGGUGUACACUGGAGCUAUGAGGAAACCAAGACUUUUCUUGCAAUUCUCAAGGAAUCUCGCUUUUAUGAAACACUCCAGGCUUGUCCCCGAAAUAGCCAGGUAUAUGGUGCUGUGGCUGAAUGGUUGCGAGAAUGUGGCUUCCUUCGAACACCAGAGCAGUGCCGGACCAAGUUCAAAAGUCUUCAGAAAAGUUAUCGAAAAGUGAGAAAUGGCCACAUGCUAGAACCCUGUGCCUUCUUUGAGGACAUGGAUGCCUUGUUAAACCCUGCAGCCCAUACUUCAUCUACUGAUAAGACAAAGGCCGUGAUCUCUCUCCCCAGACUAAAGAGCAUUGGCAUUGGUGCUAAAGAACAGGUCAGUUUGGUGGAGGAGGAGGAAGAAGGCGCUGAAGACUCCGAUGGUGAUGAAGUGGGUAUUGAGUUUACACGCAAGUCUGAAAUUCGUUCUGCCCCUGUCUUAUUUCAAAACCUAAGUGGUGUGCACUGGGGCUAUGAAGAAACUAAAACUUUUCUUGAUAUCCUUCGUGAGACUCGGUUUUAUGAAGCACUUCAAGCCUGUCACCGGAAGAGCAAAUUGUAUGGAGUUGUGGCUGAACAGCUUCGCGAGUGUGGCUUUCUCCGGACCCCAGAACAAUGCCGGACCAAGUUCAAAAGCCUUCAGAAGAGUUACCGCAAAGUGAAGAAUGGCCAUGUACUGGAGUCCUGUGCAUUUUACAAGGAGAUGGAUGCCCUCGUUAACUGCCGAACGUCUGCCCUUUCCACCAACACCUCAGAAGAAAUCCCACCACUCUCAAGGCAAGAAAGAGGACACAUUGAGGUUGAACCCCAGGAGCCUACAAUCUGGGAACCUGAAGAGACCUCCCAGGAAGCAGUGUUAGAAGAUUCUAGCAGUGAGAGAAUGAGUGAGGAGGAAAUUAUAGAAGAGCCAGAGUUCCAAGAACCUACAGACUUACCUCAAAGCCUCACAGAUUUUGAAACUGGAAGUAGUAUUAAGGAGGAUCCAACACAGGUAAUAUUUAAGAACAAAGAGCCCCACGGGGCAUUAAUAGAAAAGUCUAAAGGAUUUGUUUUAAAUACCAACCCCAGUAGAUAUUGUAAAAGGGAAUACAUCUCAGGAAGACAAUGGGAAAACCUCCAAGGAAUUAGACAGGGAAAACUGAUGUCUCAACCUAGAGACAUAGGGAAGGCUACUGUGCAGCAGAGGCCUUUUGUGGGAAGGAGACCAUACAGACUUCUCAAAUAUGGAGAGAAUUUUGGAAGGGGUGCUCGUCUUCUGUGCAGGAUGACCCACCAGAAGGAAAACCCUCAUAAGUGUGGUGUCUGUGGGAAGUGCUUUGGUAGAAGCAGGAGCCUAAUCAGACACCAAAGAAUCCACACAGGAGAUAGGCCUUUCAAAUGUCUUGACUGUGGGAAAAGCUUUAAUGACUCCUCAAAUUUUGGAGCCCACCAGAGAAUCCACACUGGAGAGAAGCCGUACAGAUGCGGGGAGUGUGGGAAAAGCUUCAGUCAGAGCUCAAGUCUUCUCAUCCAUCAGAGAAUGCACACUGGAGAGAAGCCCUAUCAGUGUGGAGAGUGUGGGAAGAGCUUCACCAACAGUUCUCACUUCAGUGCCCACCGCAGAGUCCAUGCUGGAGAGAAUCCCUACAAAUGUGGGGACUGUGAGAAGAGCUUCAAUAACUGCACACGAUUCCGAGAACACCGGAGAAUCCAUGCUGGAGAGAAGCCUUAUACAUGUGCCCAGUGUGGCAAACAUUUCAGUAAAGGCUCUUUCCUCACCAAACACCGGGAAGUCCACAUGAGAGAAAAACUACUGCCAUACUCUCCCUCUGGGUACUCACCAGAGAACCUGCUGAGGGGGAAGAGUGAUGAAUUCAGGAAGACCUUUUGACAAUGAGCUCCUUUUUCCACACGCCCCUUUAGCCAUCUUACCCUACUCCUCCCAUUCUUUGAAGCAGUCUUUAGUUAGCUAUAAAUUGCAGUUCCCAAGACAGGCCUGAGAAUAUAAGUAAGCUAAAUUAUUUCCUCUACCCUCACCUCAUGUCCUAACAUGCUCAGAUUUAUUGCCUCUCUCCUAUGAAUCUUGACUUUCAGUAAGGUGAGAGAAUAAGUUUUGGGUUUUGUUGGUUUUUUUUUUCUUUUGAGUUGAGAAUAAAAUUCCCAAAAGAAUGUUGAGGCUAAUGCUAUUGUCCAGCAACUUUCAAAACUCUUGCACGUGGGUGAGAGUUCUUUUCAAAUAUAUGAAUGGUGAAACAUUUUAUAGUGUUAUCACCCAUAUGAGAUCUUAGCAGCAACUUGACAAUGGAUUUUUAUGUCUGGGUAGAACUUUUAGGAGUUUGAUUAAAACUAUAUCAGAUCAAUAUUGGUUUUGAGGGUAUAAAACAAGAGUGAAAGUUUUAUAGCAUCCUUCAGAAGUCUGCAUUAGAAAGUUGAUCCUAAUUCCCUAUGUUGCUGCUGAAGUCAUGUUGCUAAUACCUUGUCCCCCACCAAGAGAAGCACUUACUCACCCUUCAUCUCCCUCUCUGUUCCUGAAGACUUAACUCCAGUGGCUGCUGCUUCUCCAUGGACCAGUAGUCGUUCAUUGUUCAUCACAAGUCUAUACUUACCUCUUAAUUGUUCUAGGUGCUCUAGCCUGACCUUUUUAGACUACCUUGACCCAUUCAAAUGGGAGGGGAUGCAUGGUAGUGCUGUCUCAUUAAGAGAAAAUCAGACUUCAGAGUCUAGUUCUACCCUAUCAGUUCUCUGACUCUUAACCUAUAAGAAGACCUAUUGAUACGCUAGCAUAUUUUAAACUGCCUAGCUCUACAUUUCAAUGUCAUAUAAUAGUAUUUCUGAAAGUUUAAGAUUGUAAGGAAGAAGGAUGUGAGACCUGAAAUAUUUAAUGGACUAUUUAGGCCUGCUUUAAAUCAAAGAGCUACUACCUCAGUCCAGACUAUAUUUCCAGGGUUGACAUCACAUGUACUAGCCUCUGGUUCUGAAGCUUCUAGUUCCUGUUAUUAGGAUCAUAAACCUGACUAGAGAGUCCUAAAUCAUUCCACAUCUCUGUGGUUCACUCAGUGAAGGUAGAGCUGGUUAUAAAGUUCCACUCCAGAGAAUCACCUUAUUUUCCCCAUUUCUCUCCUCACCUGGGGGAAAUGUCUUUGAUAACCCCUGGCAUUAAUCAGCUAAAUAUUGCCCGAAACUUUCUGGUGGGUAAAUAGUUAACUCAUAGAAUUACAGAUGAAAUUCAAGAAUUUGAUCUUCCCAAACCAGUUACUUGAAGAUGAGGCCUGUGGCAUUCAUACCUUUAAUACAUAGGUAACCCAGUGUAGCUUUGCUUUGGGGAGGAAGAAGUCCCAAGUAUAGUAGAAGGAGAACCAUAGUCAGGGCUCUUGCUAGGUUGUGCUCAUGUCAGAUGCUCUCUUGUUUGAUAACAUCUAGAGAUGAUAUUUGUGUGAGUAUAUUUGAAUCUUUUGAAACCCAUUCAGCAAAGUAUCAAAGAGGGUAGACACUAGAAAGAAAAGCACUUUAUGGUGCCAACAUAGGAUGUAGCCUGUUGGAAGGCAAGUGACUCAGGUAAAUGCUGAUAACUGUUUGUGAUGUGUGUUUGUUGGAAAUGUUAUAAUUGUUGACACCUCAGUAGCUUAUUUCCUGUGUAUUGUCUGAAUUAGAGACUUCUAAUGGUACAUGCAGCUUCAUGUUGGUGCUCUGCCUAGACCAGUAAGAUUGUGUGGUGCCAGUAGGCUUGUGCUUAUAAUUGUGUAGAUGUUCUGGAAUUCCAGCUCUAGAAAAGAUGCACAUUAGUAUAAAUUGCCACUUAGUAACAUGUACACAGGAUUGAUACUUAUGUGGAAGCAUGAUUCAAAAAGUAGAUGGCUUGUUCACCAAUACUUAUAUACUGUUAUAUAGAAGACCAUGUUGUAACCUCAGAGAGGCAUACAAAAUGAUGGGGACCAUGUGGCUGUCCUCCAGCAAGGAAGUAUUCCAGCAAAAAAUAAUCUAGUUAAGUCCUUGGUGAUGUGGAUGGUCAGUCACCUCAUCUGGAUUUUUGGUAAAUUACAAAUAGAAAACCAGUUUGAGCACCACUUUUUGAUACAUUUUCCCAGCAACAGGAAAGAUCCAGGGCCUAUUCUGUCUCCACCAUGACAAAGUGAUUGUCUCCUGUGUCUAAGAUACAGCUAGGUAGGUUUGUGUUCUCCUACCUGUAAUCCUAAUCUUAAACAAUCUGUUAGGAUGUGUGUUAAUCUUGUGGUCCUUUUCUCAGUUCUUAAGAAACAGAUCUUUCUACCAUCUUAGACCAAGGUGCUUGUGUGUUUCUCUUUUGUCAACCAAUGCAUGAAAGUUAGGAUGAGUGAUCACAUCCUGAGUAAUACAUCUUUAUCACAACUCUGUAAUGAUCCAUAGAUUUCAAUACCAAGGACUUCAAGGAAGAAAACAGGUCUUUUUUUUUAAAUCUUAGAAACACUGUGAUUUUUAUAACUUGCUGCUUCGUUGCUCUGGAUGCUGGAAAUCUCGACAGAACAGUUCACCUCAGCCAACUACCUACACCUAUUUAUUUUACUCUGUCAUAUUUUUUGGGAGCUUGUCUCAAGUCCUAUUUUUGAACAAUGGUAUAUGUAUAAACAGAUUCUUUAUUUUCUGGCAUUCUGGCAAAGACAUUUUAGAAACUGUGUUUGUAUUUCCUGCCUAGGCUUUCAUUAAUUUCCACAAAUACCUUGCUAAUUCUUACUGAUGAUUAUGCUACAUUUUCAGCCUAAUUCUUUCACCUGGAAAGAAACAUGUUUUUGUAAAGAUGAAAACUCAUGCAUUAAAUAGAUCAGGGCUUCCUGCCACCAAGGAAUGUGUAUUAGAUCAGAAGCCAAAAGAAGUUUGGUAUUGUUACUACUUCCUGAAUUUCGUUGGAUAAAUCACAACUUCUCUUUCUGAGUAGUUAAUUGCCAAAAUUUCAGGAGUGCACAUGUUCAUGAAGCCAUGGAACAUCAUAGAAAUGAAAUGAAAGAAAUAGAAAGGCCAGAUUCUUACCCACUGUAUGCCACCUCUGGGCCACAUUGAGUCCAUCUCCUGGUUUAAGAAGAUGAUAGCAAUGCCAGCCCAGCUUGCUUAGUAAGGAGGAAGGACAAGCCACUUGUGUUCAGUAACAGGAAAACUUCCCUCUCCCUAUCACCCUGCAAGGCAAAGGUGGAUAGGUAGAUUGGAGAAAGUACUUUAUGAGUUCUGGCGCUCAGUGACAGACAAGAUACAUGGAUUAGGAAAACCCCUGUGGAAGGAGCAGCUCAGUGAUUCGUGUGGUCCAAAGCCUCCAUCUCCACCUGAAUGCAUUCGAGGAGCAAGUGUAAAUGGACAUCUGUCUUCGUUCUGUAUUAAUGUUCGCUUAGAUGUCUUCUUGAGAGCUUGUAUGUGGAAUGUCUAAAAUAAAUGACUA